GAGGUCGUCAUGUCACGUCUGGUGCUGUUUCUGGGAUCGACUCGAGAGGGCAGGAACGGUGAACGCGUUGCCACACAUCUCAUCAAGCUCCUCAAGGAGAAGAACCACAAUGUGACCGUUUUCGACCCGCUGAAGAUGCCGUUCGAGAUGCUGCGCCAGCCGCUGCACUUCAUGCCGGAUGCUUCGGCGGCUCCCGAGUGGCUGCGGGAUGCCAAUGAGACACUGAAGGCGGCGGACGGCUUCGUGGUGGUGACGCCCGAGUACAACUGCGCACUGCCGCCGGCGCUGGUCAACAUGCUGGACCACUUCCCGCCCGCCUCCUACCGCCACCGGCCCGUCGGCAUGGCCUGCUACUCCUUGGGCCAGUUCGGCGGGAUGCGGGCGGCGGCGUUCGCCCGGGCCCACUUCAGCGAGCUGGCAUGGUGA